AUGGACUACAAGGAGGAGCAAUUGCAAGAGAUUGAAGUACUGGAAUCGAUUUAUCCGGAUGAAUUGACACAGGUGUCAACACAAUACCCCGGAGUGCGGUUCGAGGUGCGGCUGAAGCUGGAUUUGGUGCCGCACGAUGAUAGCUCUUUCACAGCCGACUCUCUGUCAGUAGACCACUAUCUGGUAGUGAAAGUUCAUCUGCCAGAAACGUAUCCAGAGGUAGUGCCAGAAGUUGAGAUUGAAUGUGAAGAAGAGCCUAAGGGUGGUGCAUAUGAUGAUGAAGAUGAAGACGACAACGACGAACCGGAGGAAAUCGAGUACGACGAACAUGGCAAUCCAAUUGAGGCCAAACUAACCAACUUGCCAGAUCAGAUACACUUUGAGGAGUACGCUGACACGCUGGUGUCGCAGCUAGAGCAACAAGCGGACGAGGACAUGCUAAUUGGCAUGCAAAUGUGUUUCGCCCUGGUGUCGUGGAUUAAGGAGUCUGCAGAACGGUGGUUCCAAGAAAGCCUCAGCAAACUCGAGCGUGAACACGAGCGCAAGCUACUGGAGCGUGAAAAAGAGGAGCAGAAGAAGUUCCAGGGCACCAAAGUGACACGCGAAUCGUACCUGCGCUGGCGCGAGCAAUUCCGCAAAGAAAUGGGACUAGACGAGCGGGACAGUGCACGUAGGCUGGCUGCACACAACGGUAAGCUUUCUGGUAGGCAGAUAUUCGAGCAAGGUCUAGACGGCAGCGAAGACGUGGACGAGGACCCGAAUGUGUAA